UAGGAUAGCUACGUCAUUGGAGAGUUACUAGUUCCACGAUAUCGUUUAAAAAGUAAAAGUACUCUUAUUUCACUUGAUCGCUUUAAUAUUAGUCUAUCUUUGUUACUCCUCAUAUUCGAUUACGUCUUACUGAGAACAUGCAGCCAAGGGACAGCAUAUUGUAAAUAGACAGUCGCUCAGGACAGAACGAGAACUACACAUUCUUGAUUCCUAGGGUUGGGAGAAUUUGAAGACCAGAACAUUCUGAACAGAAAAGCUCAUGGCUGAGAAUAACUUCCCUCCAAUCCCAGGGUUCAUCCCCUUACAGCCAUGUUUCUACCAGGACUUUGAUGAGGACAUCCCUGAACAACAUCGCACCAUGUGCAAGAGACUCUACCACCUGUGGAUCUUGCACGCUAUCACCCUGGCUGUGAAUCUGGUUGGCUGUUUCGUGUGGAUGCUGGGUGGAGGGGGCGUGACUAACUUCGGCAUGGCCAUCAUAUGGUUCAUUCUCUUCACGCCCUGCUCCUACGUGUGCUGGUUCAGGCCAAUCUACAAGGCCUUCAAGACUGACAGCUCGUUCAACUUCAUGGCGUUCUUCUUUGUAUUCAUGGCCCAGGUGGGCAUCAGUAUUAUACAGUGCAUUGGGAUCCCAGGCUGGGGAAACUGUGGCUGGCUGGCUACCAUCUCGUUCUUCAGCUACAACCUAUGGAUUGCUCUUCUGAUGCUCAUCCCAACUUCCUUCUUCACUGUGACGGCAACACUGUCCUUCAUCGCCCUCACCAAGGUCCAUAACUUCUACCGUGGCAGUGGGGCCAGCAUGAGCAAGGCCCAGGAGGAGUGGGCUACAGGGGCCUGGAAGAACCCCCACGUCCAGCAGGCAGCGCAGCAGGCUGCUAUGGGGGCAGCCACGGGGGCCAUGAUGCCUGACCAACAGUACUCGAACUCCCCACAGUACAAUGACAACCAGAUGUAAGGGACGAGGGGGGGGGGGGGGCAGGGGACACGUGAAAGCACAAGCAGGAGUUGCUAUCUGUUUAUCCCAUCUCUAAUAAGUGUCUACACUACACUACCACACUACACUACAC